GUCCUGUUCACGAUACCUGAAGAAUACCAGUCGCUUACGAGAGGCCGAGACUCGUGUUCAUCACGACACGUCGGUCCCAAUUCAAUGUAACUGUAAAUUAUCAAAAAAGAGAAAAAGAAAUCAAGGCACAUUUUUUUUUUUUUUUUUGGAAAACGUGAGUGUGUAUUUUUUUCUGAAAUAAAGGAUUGUGACCUUUUUUUUUUAUUUACAAAUUCCCAAUUUAAAAAAAAAACAGUGACUGUUUUUUUUUCAAUUUUUCAUAUCAGUGAACUUGUUUGAAAAAGUGACUUCAGUUCAGUUUUUUGAAAAUAAAAAAGAGUGAAAAUUAUUUUUUUUGAGUGGAAAUUAUUUUUUGUAAUGGAUUGAGUACAAAAAAAAGAAAAAAAAAAAAAAACAAAAGUUGGGGUUUUUUUUUUGGCGAGUGACCUUGAUCGAGUGAGGAGCGAACUUGAGGGAGUGCUCUUCGAAGUGUGAGAUCCUUUGUUUGGGCCUUGGGGGAGCUCGCGGGAGGUAAGGUCGCAGUGACCUUGGGUACCAAUGGUGACAUUACUUUUGCGGUGAAAAAGAAGUGCGAGACGAUUGUAAUUUUUUUUUUGGAAAAAAAUUUGAAGUGUGGUGAUUAAAUUUUUUUUUUUUUUUUUUUUGAGGGAAGUGUUUAGUACAAGAUGCCGAAAAUAUUUUUAAUCAAAAAUCGCCUCCAUCAGCAGCAAUUGAAGCUGUUGGAGGCACAACACUCGGGGAAAAGUCCACCACACGGAGGCGGAAAGGAUAGCCCUCUUGGGGGCAGUGAACCCCUCAGUCUCAUCGUUAACAAACAUCAAUAUCGAGACAAAAUCGAAGAUGACAGAGCAACGACACCAGAAUCAUUGCGCAGUAGCAGUCCAGCGUCAUCGCCACCGCCUUCGAUUCAAUGGCAAGGAACGCCGUCAUCAAACACAAGUCACGGGGCACCAAGGAGAUUUAUUUCAAGUAUCCUAGGUGGUGAUGUACCCUAUGGUAGUAGAGGUCACGUUCUAACGAGAGCCGAACGUAAAGAAUACAGCAGUCCACCAAUUGCUCCAUCAUCGGAGCCAAAAUUUCUCACCAAGACCGAUAAAAUUGAAUUACCGAGGCCAUUGACACCACCCAAGGCUAAACUUGAACCACCCACGAGAGUAUCUGUAAUUCAAAGGGUGCCGCCCCAGGCACAAAAUCCAAGACGCGAGGAAACAAAAAUCGAAGUCCCUUGCACACAGGAACCCGAACAGGAUCAACCGAUCGACUAUGCAGUACCUAAGCGAAAAGAAGACGAGGAGAAGGGUCGUGAGGGAGCAAAGAACUCGAGGACAAUGGGUAAUUCAAUAGCGAGGCCCCUCUUGGCUAUGAGAUUAUCAGGACCGCAAGCAAUUCAUGCGGCAGCUGGUCAUGGUAGAACAUCAAAUUCAGGAAGUAAUAACAGUGGUAGCGGUGGUUCAUCGAGUGGUAAUUCAUCAAAUGGAGGAAAUUCCGGAAGUUCUGGAGGUGCAUAUAGUUCCGGUGGUGGUGGAGGAGGAAGUAGCGGUGGAGGCGGUGCAAUUGGCGGUGGUGCAGGUGGUGGUGGUGGUAUGAAUCCCGGUGGUAAUGGUGGUCGUGGUAAUUAUGGACCAAGUUCACCGCCAACUGGUUCACUACCACCAUUUUAUGAAUCGCUAAAAGGUGGCAAUAAUUUAGCAAAUUUUGCCAAUCAAUAUAAUGGAAAUGGUUAUCUCACUGCAUCGCCAGCCGUUGGUAUGGAUUGUGAUACAGGACAGCAUGAUGUUAAUUCACAACAUUCAUUUGGUGCACAAGAAGGUAAACAGUAUUCACUAUUGCAAAAUGUAUGCGCAUCUUAUGGAAUUACACUCAAGGAGGAGGAGGAUUUAGCCGCUUAUAAAAUACAACCAAAUGAUUUAUUAUCGGGACAAUAUGGACCAUAUGAUAUGACAGAUUCGGGUAUGAUUGUUGAUAUGGUGACGGGUUCAGUUGUUGAUCCAAUGCAAUUUACAGCGACAUUUACAUUUAAUUCGCCGCCCGAUCAUAAUGCAUUUUUGGAGAGUUUAAACGAUGCGGAAGAUUUAUUUUUGCCAAAACUUCCCGCUGAGGAGGGUGGUAAUGAUCUUCUUGAAGAGACUUUACAUUCGCCAGCGUCGGCUGGCAGUGGUAUGGGUCAGGAUGGACAAAUGACGAGUCCCGUUGAGCCGAGUGUUGAUCCAUUUCCCGAACAUAGUAUAUCACUAACGAGGGGUUUUGAUAAUACUAGAAAUUACACGGUACCACAGCAUAUGUCACCGAAAAUCUCAGGAAUCAAUUAUCCUAGCGGUGAAUCGAGCUAUCAACCUCUUCCCAAGGAACGCGCGGAAUUGGCACUUCAUAUUAACCAAAAUCAACAGGAGCCACAGCUUCAGCAAUUGCAAAUACAAGUACAAUUGCAGCAACAACAUCAGCAGCAGAAUUCACCUCAUCAGCAUCAUCAGGGUUUGCUUAGCCCAAGUUUAAGCUUCACUGGAAGUGGUCUUGAACUUGAUUCCGGUAGUAGUGCAGGUGGUAGUUUGCCAAGUCCAGGUGCAGCUUCAUGUUCGCUGGACGCAGCAUCGACUAGCACAUCGCCUUCCUGUGCAUUAAUGGAACACGCGCCAAGUCCCUCAAGUGUAUCGGCAACAGUGAGUGUACCUACGGAUCCCAUUGGGGAGCCUCCUCUUACGCAAAGGUUGGGUCUUCCCGGUGAUGUUCCCAUUGAAUUUGUGAAUGGCGGUCAUGGAAUUAAGAAUCCUUUGGCAAUUGAUGGACAACGACAGACGACAACAAUUCGCGAUGAAGAAAGAGCAGUUCGACCACCACCUGGUAAAGACGACGAUCCAAGUAGAUUCUCAUGUCGAGUGUGCAGCAAACAUUUCAGUCUACAGAGACUAUUGAAUCGUCACAUGAAAUGUCACAGUGAUGUGAAACGAUACCUAUGCACAUUCUGCGGAAAGGGAUUCAAUGAUACAUUCGAUCUUAAGAGGCACACGAGAACGCACACUGGAGUCAGGCCCUAUAAAUGUAAUCUCUGCGAGAAGAGCUUCACGCAAAGAUGUUCACUCGAGAGUCACUGUCUCAAGGUUCAUGGGGUUCAGCAUCAGUACGCCUACAAGGAACGACGCACAAAGGUUUACGUAUGCGAGGAGUGCGGUCACACAACCCAAGAGCCAGAGGUUCACUAUCUUCAUCUGAAAGAGAAACAUCCUUAUAGUCCAGCACUGCUCAAGUUCUACGACAAGAGGCAUUUCAAAUUCACGAACAGCAAUUUCGCCAACAUGUUGCUACAGGGUGGCCUUCUACAACGGGAUUCCCGGAGUCCAAACACCUGUGUCAAGAAGGCUUCCAAGACUCUUGAGACGCCACUUCGUCGCUUGCAAGUAUGAAAGAGAAGCGCAAUACGGAAAUCCAUCUUCGAAGAAGAGUCCAAGGGUUUUUUGCCAGAUUAAUUUGAAAAAGGCAAGUUCUUUUUUUUUGAUACAAAAAAUUUUUUUUCAAUCUGGCAAUUGUAGAAAAAUUAUUUCUAUCUCAAAAUUCUCUAUCGACUUAUUUUUAGUAGCUAACGACAAAAUAUUUGAAAUUGUUUUUUUUUCUUUUUAAAAAAAAAAAAAUUUUUUUUUAAAUAAAAGUGGACGAGUCUUGAAAUUUAUUUUGGGACGAUUUGUUCACUUCGACUGAUGGACGUAAUAAUAUUAUAUGUAUAGGCGGGAUUUCUAUAGAGAAAUCUUAAGCACAAUUUUGUUAGUUAGGGUAACUGUGAUAUAUAAAAAAAAAAAAAAAAUUGAAACAAACAAAUAAAAAAAGACGAUUUUUUUUCUACACGCACAUCACUCGCGUUCUAAAAGUAAAUUUUGAGACCGUGUUAAAUUUUUUUUUUUUUUUUUUUGAACACUUGACAUAUUUACACACAUACACAUAUGACAAAAGACACAAAAAAAAUACGGGGUUUCGUGCAAUGUUUGCGGUGGUAGGGGAAACUUACAAACAAAAAAAAAGCGUCACGUCCACUAGUGAAAAAAAAAACUCUUUUUACGAAAUUGACGAGGAAAGCGUUCAGUAGAAACGAAAACAUAACCUCAAAUUUCUAUAUUUAAAAGAAAAAACGUGAAAAAAUUGAAAGCAAAUUUUGAGGUUAUGUUUUUCUUUCUAAAUUUGGCUAUUUUUAUAACUAAAUUCAGUUUUUUAAGUAGCGUAUGUACAAGUAAAAGAGCCCCACGCUUUUCUCUAUUUUUAAAUGAUAUAAUAAAAAUAUCAAAAAAAUAUUUAUACAAUUAAAUUGUAAAAAAAAAUAUAUCACUAAUUACUUCUUUUUUCUUCCAAAAAUUUUUUUCUAAAAAUUUUGAGGUUAUGUCAAGAAAUUUCGUAACAUAUACAAAUCAAAGAGUUUUUUUUCCACUUAUUAGCGGGUCGUUGAACGCUAAUUAGAAUAUUUUAAGUUAUAAUUCAAUUUAGAAACAAAAAAAAAGCUUCAGGUGCUUUGGAAUAGAGUUUUUUUUUUGGUGCUUUUUUUUCUCACGAAGCUGAAAUAUAAAAUGAAUUUUUUUUUUUUGUAAAUAAUACACUAAUUUUUAAGUCGCGUAAACAAAAAUAUGCACUGGAUAUAGAAAAAAAGUGGAAAACAAUUAUUAUUGUUCGCCAAGAAUUUUUUUAAAAUAGACAAAUUUCCAGUGUCGAUUUUUCUUUUCUUGUAAAUAAAUUUAGAAUUUAAUAUUUCGGCUUGAACGCGGGUCCCAACAAUUUUUUUUUUUUUUUUUUUUUUUUUUUAGUCUAUAACUAUUUGUACCUUGGAUGUUAAACAAUUAAGAGAGAAAAAUGAAAGAAAAAAAUAAUGUAUAGAAGAGAGUGAGAAUUGUUUGUACGUCCCUGUCUCAGCAAUACUCAAGCAAAGAACAAUAAAAAAAAAUAAAAUAAAAUAAAUAAUAAAGCAGAAUAAAAGAAUAGAAUUUUUGAAGGAUAAAAUAUUUUCAUCACCUAAGCCAAUCGUAUCUCGUUAUUAUUUAAUUUACGUCCAGUAUUGUCUGAUAUAUAUGUAACUAUUAUUAUUAUUAAUAUUAAUAUUGUUAUCGUAAUAAUUUUGAUUAAUUAUUAUUUUUAUUAUUAUUAUUAUUAUAUUAUUAUUAUUAUUAUUAUUAUUAUUAUUAUUACUAUUAUUGCUCCUCUCAUUUUAAAAAAAAAGUAUCGCUGCUCUUUAUUAUUAUUAUUAUUAUUAUUAUUAUUAUUAUUAUAUCAUCACGACAUUCCAACUCUAUUGAUACCGUUUAUAUAUUAUGUAUUUAAGAAUAGUAAACAAAAAUUAAUGGUUAUUAUUAUUAAUUAUUAUCAUAUUAUUAUUAUUAUUAUAAUUAUUAUUAUAUAUUAUGGAUAUUAUUGAGAAAAAAAAAUACAAAAUAUUUAUCAACGUUAAUUUUUAACAGAUGCGCUUCCUGUCGACAAUUUUAUUUUAUUUUUGCUGAGAGAUGAUGAAUGAAUGUUAUAUACAUAUAUAUAUUUUUUUUUGAUAAAGUAAAAAAAAAAUUUGUACCUAAAUUUUUUAAAUGAUGAAUGUGAGAAAAAUGCGAUUAACAAAAGAACGACUGUUUCAUCAUUAUUUUCUUCUUCUUCUUCAUAUUUUUUUUUUUUUGUAAUAUAUUUUAACUCGAAAAUUCGAGCCACAUUAUUUUUAGUUUCUAGACUCGUUUAAAAAAAAAACGGUAAAUCGUGGUUUUU